UCCAAUCUCUCUCACGUUGCCAACGUUCAGCGGGGCCCUCUUAUUCAGAAUCUAACAAAUCUCUUUCACUCUCUGUUUCUGCUCCCAUCCUUCAUCCAUCUCUCUUCAUUUUUUGGUUAUCGAUCUCUCUCGGUAUCUCGCUAACGAUCGAGAGCAACUUGGAAUUCGUAGGGCCUGGAUCGCACCGAUUGGAUCUUCUCCGGUUAGAUUAAAAAAUUCGGCAAAAUGAAUGACGCAGAUGUUUCCAAGCAGAUCCAGCAGAUGGUGAGGUUCAUUCGCCAGGAAGCGGAGGAAAAGGCCAACGAGAUCUCCGUCUCCGCUGAAGAAGAAUUCAAUAUUGAAAAGCUGCAGCUGGUUGAGGCAGAGAAGAAGAAGAUGAGGCAAGAGUACGAGAAGAAGGAGAAGCAAGUUGAAAUUCGGAAGAAGAUCGAGUACUCCAUGCAGCUCAAUGCUUCUCGUAUCAAAGUUCUGCAAGCUCAGGAUGACGUAGUAAAUUCUAUGAAAGAGGCAGCAUCAAAAGAACUUCUGAAUGUAAGCCAAAAUGAACAUGUCUACAAAAAUCUUUUGAAGGAUCUCAUUGUUCAGAGCUUGCUUCGACUGAAAGAGCCAGCUGUUUUAUUGCGAUGCCGUGAAAGUGAUGUCCAUUUGGUGGAGUCUGUGCUGCGUUCAGCAGCCGUGGAGUAUGCAGAGAAAGUAAAAGUUCACGAGCCAGAAAUUAUUGUUGAUCAUGUCCAUCUUCCACCUGGUCCAAGCCAUCACCAUCAUCACGGUCUUUUUUGCUCUGGAGGUGUAGUAUUGGCAUCUCGAGAUGGGAAGAUUGUCUGUGAGAACACCCUUGAUGCAAGGUUGGAUGUUGUGUUCCGUAAAAAACUUCCAGAGAUCCGAAAAAGCCUUUUCAGUCAAGCUGAUGCAUGAUGGACUAGAUUUCGACUCUAUCACGGUGCUUCCUGUGAAAUAAUUUAUGAGUCCAAAUUAUUUGGUAUUUGAUGGGAAUUAUAUGUCCCAAAUGUCGCAUAUCAAUAAGUAUUACAUUCUUUGAUUUUCUUUAUCUGAUAGUUACUAUGUUCUUGGGUUGAGCUCUACGCGAAGGUAGGUGCCCCUAUCGACUCGAUAAUAUCUCAGGUAUCAAUAAUAUUCCUGCUUGAUAUAUUGGUUUCCUUCAAGUCGGGAUGUCAUUUUUAGUCUAGUAUAUUUUUGUAUGCACAUCAUUCAGACUAUCAUCCUUAAUAAUGUAAUGUGACAUUGUUGCAUCAAGUAAGUUAUUUCACUUGCAUUAAGUUUUGUAGACUCCUUUCAGUUAAAUACACAAUGUCUUGAUUCUCA